UAUUUGGAAGGGUCUGCCUCUCUAAAAAUGGUACUUCAGCUAUGGGUGGAGACCUCCAAUGUCUGUCCAUGGGGCUCGGGGGAUUCAGCUAUGGGUGGAGACCUCCAAUGUCUGUCCAUGGGGCUCGGGGGAUUCAGCUAUGGGUGGAGACCUCCAAUGUCUGUCCAUGGGGCUCGGGGGAUUCAGCUAUGGGUGGAGACCUCCAAUGUCUGUCCAUGGGGCUCGGGGGGAUUCAGCUAUGGGUGGAGACCUCCAAUGUCUGUCCAUGGGGCUCGGGGGAUUCAGCUAUGGGUGGAGACCUCCAAUGUCUGUCCAUGGGGCUCGGGGGAUUCAGCUAUGGGUGGAGACCUCCAAUGUCUGAUCAUGUAAUUUCUUUUGUAUGGGAGCCAGAGGCGUUCAUUUCAAUAAAUUAUUUAAAUAUGAUAAUCAACACAUUGUUAAUGCUGCAAUCUCACACAAUUACACAAUCUGCCAACAUCGAUCACAUCACAAUACCGCCAGAGGUCACGGGGCACCACAACACCUCACCAGAGGUCACGGGGCACCACAACACCUCACCAGAGGUCACGGGGCACCACAACACCUCACCAGAGGUCACGGGGCACCACAACACCUCACCAGAGGUCACGGGGCAUCACAACAUCUCACCAGAGGUCACGGGGCACCACAACACCUCACCAGAGGUCACGGGGCACCACAACACCUCACCAGAGGUCACGGGGCAUCACAACACCUCACCAGAGGUCACGGGGCAUCACAACAUCUCACCAGAGGUCACGGGGCACCACAACAUCUCACCAGAGGUCACGGGGCAUCACAACAUCUCACCAGAGGUCACGGGGCACCACAACAUCUCACCAGAGGUCACGGGGCACCACAACACCUCACCAGAGGUCACGGGGCACCACAACAUCUCACCAGAGGUCACGGGGCACCACAACACCUCACCAGAGGUCACGGGGCACCACAACACCUCACCAGAGGUCACGGGGCACCACAACACCUCACCAGAGGUCACGGGGCACCACAACACCUCACCAGAGGUCACGGGGCAUCACAACAUCUCACCAGAGGUCACGGGGCACCACAACACCUCACCAGAGGUCACGGGGCAUCACAAUACCGCCAGAGGUCACGGGGCACCACAACAUCUCACCAGAGGUCACGGGGCACCACAACAUCUCACCAGAGGAUCAUACCAUGAUACAGGAUGACGUCUGGGUUUCUAU